GGCAGAACACCGGCAGUCACCGGAAGUACUUGUGUUUUCGUGUGUGAAACGAAGUAGUUUGCAGGUUAGCUGGAUUGUCUGUCAUUGCUGCCACAGGAGUAGUAAUGUGUUACUAAUCUCCAAGUAAGGGAAUAACUAACGUUUCAGAUAUGUCUAUGUCCCACCUGUAUGGUCGGAGAGGAGGGGAGGAAGAGGAGGAAGGUGUGGAGAUUGAAAGCUUUGAGGUGACGGACUGGGACCUCGCCAAUGAGUUCAACCCCGAACGCCGCAGACACAGGCAGACCAAAGAGCAGGCCACCUAUGGUAUCUGGGCUGAUAGGGACUCGGAUGAGGAUGAGAGACCAAGUUUUGGAGGCAAGAGAUCUAAAGACUACACAGCUCCAGUAAACUUUGUUAGUGCUGGUCUGCGUAAGACUGCAGCUGAGGAGAAACAGCAGCUAAAAGGAGAAGGAGGCUCUGAUGACUCUGAUGGUGCUCCGUCAGCACCUUCCCCUCCACGCGCUACUGCACCCAAAAAACUCCAGAUGGGAAAUUUCCGUGGGAACCAGUCACAGAGGUUUGCAGGUGGCAUACAGUCUGGACAAGGCAUUGGUAGCUGGGAGAAACACACAAAGGGGAUUGGACAGAAGCUUCUACAGAAAAUGGGCUACCAGCCAGGCAAAGGCUUGGGCAAGAAUGCUCAAGGUAUUGUAAAUCCUAUUGAGGCAAAAGUUCGUAAAGGCAAGGGAGCAGUGGGUGCUUAUGGCAACGAGCGAACCCAGCAGAGUCUCAAGGAUUUUCCUGUGAUCGACUCAGACGAAGAAGAGGAAAAGGAAUUUCAGAAGGAGCUCGGCCAGUGGCGUAAGGAUCCGGCAGGGUCUGCAGCAAAGAAGAAACCCAAGUACUCCUACAGAACUGUAGACGAGCUGAAGGCUAAAGGGAAACUGGCAGGGCGGAGCACAGCAGCAUCCGCUGGAGAGCUGGCACAGGUCAAGGUAAUAGACAUGACUGGAAGAGAGCAAAAGGUAUACUACAGUUACAGUCAGAUGUCCAACAAGCACAGCGUCCCAGAUGAAGGUCCACCAAGCAUGUCCACUCGGGAUCAGAAAGGAUCUGGCUUUGCUCUGCCUGAGCUCGAACACAACCUGCAGCUACUGAUAGACCUUACAGAACAGGACAUAUUACAGUCUGCCAGACGUCUGCAGCAUGAAAAAGAUGUAGUCGUGUCUCUGAGCCACGAGUCGCGAGCACUGCAGAGCAGACUGGAUGCAGAGCAAGACUCCAUUCAGAGAAUGGAGGCUGUGUUGGCACUGGUUGAGCGUUUUCCUUCUGGGGAGACAGCACCUGGGGAGGGACCCACCCUGCAGGAGUGUGCCCGGAUCUUUGAGACCUUACAAACAGACUAUUAUGAAGAAUACAAGACAAUGGGAUUGGCAGACUUGGCUGUAGCUGUUGUUCAUCCAUUACUCAAAGAGAAACUUUGUUCCUGGGAUCCACUGAAGGACAGCUCUUAUUGUCUGGAGGACAUCGGUCAGUGGAGAGCAAUCCUUGAAUCUAGAAACCUCCAUUCCAGUGCUCCAGAUUCAAACAUGGACCCUUACCACAGACUGUUGUGGGAAGUGUGGAUCCCAGUGAUGCGGUCCUGUGUGUCAGGCUGGCAGCCUCGAAUGGUCGGGCCAAUGGUGGACUGUGUGGAUGUCUGGGCUCCCCUUCUCCCCCCGUGGAUCCUAGAUCACCUUUUGGAGCAGCUGAUCUUACCCCGGCUACAGCGAGAGGUGGAUAACUGGAACCCGUUAACUGACACUGUGCCCAUCCACUCCUGGAUCCACCCCUGGCUGCCUCUGCUGCAGUCACGUCUAGAGCCUCUGUACCCGCCCAUCAGGAGCAAACUGUCCAACGCACUGCAACGGUGGCACCCCAGUGACACGUCAGCCCGCCUCAUCCUGCAACCGUGGAAAGAUGUUUUCACGCCAGGUGCAUGGGAGGCCUUCAUGGUGAAAAACAUCAUCCCUAAACUGGCUUUGUGUCUGGAAGAGCUGGUUAUCAACCCUCACCAGCAGCAGAUGGAGCCAUUUCACUGGGUGAUGGACUGGGAGGGCAUGCUGUCCCCCUCCAGCCUUGUGUCCCUGCUGGACAAAAACUUCUUUACAAAGUGGUUGCAGGUGCUGUGUUCAUGGUUGAGUAACAGUCCUAACUAUGAGGAAAUCACUAAAUGGUACCUCGGCUGGAAAAGCAUGUUCAGUGACGUAUUGUUGGCACAGCCACUCAUAAAGGAGAAAUUCAAUGAAGCUUUGGAUAUCAUGAACCGGGCAGUGUCCUCAGGCAUGGGUGGAUAUAUGCAACCUGGUGCAAGGGAGAACAUUGCAUAUCUCACACAGACAGAGAGACGAAAGGACUUCCAGUAUGAAGCGAUGCAGGAGCGCAGGGAUGCCGAGAGCGUGGCUCACAGGGGCAUCAGCGCUGGCGUGCCAACUAACUUCAAAGAUCUCAUUCAGACCAAGGCAGAGGAGAACAACAUUGUCUUUAUGCCCUUAGUGGCCAAACGGCACGAGGGCAAACAGCUGUACACAUUUGGGCGCAUUGUCAUCUACAUAGACAGGGGGGUUGUGUUUGUGCAAGGAGAGAAAACCUGGGUGCCCACGUCUUUGCAGAGUCUGAUAGAUAUGGCCAAGUGAGGGUGGACUGACUGAUCCUUGGUCUGUCUAAUGUAAAAGAGAGUAAGCAGGGCAAAUGUCUGCUUUUUAUGUAACUUCAGUUUACUGAUUUUUGUCAUAUGUGACUUAGUAAAUUUUGUAAAAUCGAAAGUGUUAAACUGUCAAUAAAUCAUUUUUGAUGUA